GACCAUCCCUCCUUGCCGCACGACAAUUCGACAGUGUUGGCUCACAAGAGACCGAAACGGGAGGAGAUGUUUUAGACCUCCGAAAAUAUUUUACGGUGAUGUGUUAACAAUUUCAAGAGGAUAUAAGAGAGCUGGGAUCACGCAAACCGGGAACGAGCAGGAAGCGAAAAUAAACGGCAGUUUAUGUCACGGUUGGAAGUUUUGACGGAUUUCAAAACAGAGUGGAUUCUGUGAAUGUGAUUGUAAACACUGUUCUGGGGUUGACACGAAUUUAGGCUAAUUGCGUAGGACUGAAAGUUUCUGUAGGCUAAUAGCAAUUUUCCUUUUUCCAAUGGACACGCAUUUGGAGACUGCUUGCACACCAAGUAUGGAAUUACCCCUGUAAUGUGGAUUGCAAUUUCGUUUGAAGAAAAUAAAGGUCUACUCCAGAACAAUGUGAAAAGAUACCCGUCCUGGAUUCUAAUGUUUCUGGAUAUCUUGAAAAUUAUUGGCAACAGUUGAAAGAAAGUCGUUAUGCUCAACGGAUUUUUGCUCAGGUGUCUUGCCUGCUCCGACCGUGGGACCAAAAUGGAUUUGACGCCACUACAGACCCCGGUCCCCCUUUUACAGAAGUUCUAACAGUUCUUACACUUUGUUAUUACUGUUUUAAACUUUACAAAUGCUUUGGAAGAAAUCGCCAGACGACCCGCUUGGAUUUUAAAUCGACAAUUGCAUUUGGAAUUUCAAUCAUGAACUUUGUUGACAGUUUGAUAACAUUAUUUCUCCUGACACUUCUGUAUUUGUCAGCUGUCAAGAGUGCCCACAUACCUAAGGAAGGAGGGAGGAGUGCGCAUGACGGCGUGAUCUCCUUCAUGGAGGUGUACAAUAAGAGCCUGUGUCGGCCCAGGGAGCUGCUGGUAGAGAUCCUACAGGAGUACCCAGAGGAGGUAGAACACAUCUUCAUCCCGUCCUGUGUGGUGCUGACACGCUGCGCAGGCUGCUGCAAUGACGAGAUGCUACAGUGUACUCCAACCUCCACGCAUAACGUCACCAUGGAGAUAAAAAGAAUAAAACCCCACAGGCAACAAAAUGAUAUCUUUAUGAGUUUUACAGAACACAAUGCAUGUGAAUGCAGGCCAAAGAAUGAAGUGAAAGAGCAGAGAGAAAAAAAACCCCGGAAAGGCAAGGGCAAAGGCCAAAAGCGAAAGAAAAAACGUGACAAAAAGAAUCGCGAAGCUCAGUGUGAGCCAUGUUGUGAUGGCUGUUCAGAGAGGAGAAAGCGGUUGUUCAUCCAGGACCCUCUAACCUGCCAGUGUUCCUGCAGAAACUCUGACGCCGACUGCAGGGCACGUCACCUGGAGCUCAACGAGCGGACCUGCAGGUGUGUGGGGGACUCUUGGACUCAUAACUCCGUAUGAUGUGACAAGCCCAGGAGAUGAGAGUCCAAGCUUCAGAUGAAACAACGUGAAGGAAUAUUCCCAAGAUAUUUCACAGCACUUUCAACUCUGAGCUUAUCUUCUCAGUGGAAAGCAUUCCCCUGGUCUGACUGAGAAACAGCAGAUAGAAAAGAGAGGGAGAGAGAAAGAAAGAAAUAAUAGAAAAUAAUCCCAAUGUAUCUGUAUAUACUAAGAGAGAGAGAGAAAGAAAAAGUACAGGAUUUGUAUUGCUGCUAAAAGAACUAACUAAAACCCAUCACUAUAAAAAAGCAAACAGUCAUGUGGUUUGCAUUUCGCUGGCGUUUGACUGGACUGCGGUUUUGUUGUUGAUUCAUUUAUGCAAAUACUUCACUGGAUAUAUAUAUGAGUGUACUGUGGUUAUGUGUCGAAUCAUAAGGAACAAAACCUAGCUAUGUGGUACAUAUCUCCACAGAAAAUAAAAGAAGAUGAAGGAAGAACAUUCUUCCUCUGAAACAUACUUCCUGACCCAUAGACUCCCUUUGCAGGAACCCAAUGGCAGGACAGCCAAUGGGAGAUGGGGAUCCGUCCCUUUAUGACAUCACUUCCUUUACCUUAAAGGAAGUUCUAGAACUGAUGCGUGGAAUGUGUGGAAAGCUAGAACUGCGUCUUUUGCUGCCCUAGCUAGCAGUGGAACUAGAUUUGGAGUGCCAUAAUACUUCUAAAGGGAUACUGGUGAUUGAUUUUGGUAUAUAUGGAAACCACUAGAAACAACUGAUACUGUAGCUUGAUUCCAUUGAGAAACUGUGCCUCACAAACUGUGCUAAUCACUUUAGAGUGAGAAAUCCUGAAUUAGCUUCUUAAAUUAUUAUUUUUUCUUUUUUUUGAAGGGGAGGGGGAUGGUAUGCUGUCUGCGGUUGAACUCAAUACAGAAUGCAAUAGUAUCGAUGGCAAGCUGUCUGUAUAUACUAUACAUACUUAAUAUCCCUUAUGUCAUAGUCCACUAUAGAUAAUUUAUAAUGUUAGAGUAUUUUCAGUAUUCAGUCCUCUACCCGUAUUUAAUUUGAUCUAUUUAUAUAUCAAGUGUUAUGUUCCUUUGGGUUUCCCCCCCUCCUUGCUAUGUGAUGUCAUUGUGGUCUCCACUCUGCCUAGCUACAUAGAGACACUCUGCUCUUGGCUUUCAUAAGAAAAAGAAAAACCUUUUAUGUAAACAUUCCUGAAAUGGAUAAUUUGUAUGGAUGCCAUCUAUUCUGGACUUAUCAACCCUUUUUAUAGAGGGUGGAGGUGCUGCGAGUGAUAUAUUUUUUUAAACCUGCUCUAUGGUCUUGGCGCGUGAGGCGCGUGCGUGCGUGCACGUGUGUGUGCGUUGUUGUGUUAGAGAGAAACAGGAGGCUUGUGCUUGUCUUGAGCUCCACCAUGCAAAUAACAAUAAACCAUUGCUAAAAGAUA